AUGCAGACGCUUUUUUCGGCUUCGAAGGCCACCGGGAGGCUAUUGUCCAGCCGACGCCAUGCGGUGAACCUUAAGAAUGGAUUGGAGAGCUUGAGGAGCUGCGGGGAGGGAGGAUGUACAAGGAUUGGUAAUUUUGCCCACGCCAGGUGUCUGAGCCGCGGGGCUCGUGUUGGGCCGCCCACAAUCGGCGAGCCGGUUAGUGUUGACGCGGAGGUUAACCAGACACCGGGAUACCUUCGCAAUUCCGGCCAGAUUAGGCAGUUCCUCGGCUGCGGCGAUGGGGAGGAGGGCAAUGUCCUCUCCAAGACCUACGAGGAGAGACGGGUGAUCGGGUAAAUGGCAUCGUAACCUUUGUUUCUCCUUUCCCUAGUUUACAUUGUAAAGGAAUCUUGCAGACUUUGCCAUUUGCUGUGCAUAAUUCGUUUGAUGCUAAGAGUUGCCACGUUAGAAUAUUAUUUCUUCCCCAGUUAUCUCGUCUUCACGUUUUUGUCUAAUUCUGGUGCUGCUGACGGUGCUUCGCGAGUCUCAUUGCUUUUGCUUUUUAUUUGAGCUUAGAACUCUUAGAAUCAUGUUACUGAGAAGGUGAUUUUGCCAUAAGAUCCUGGUCUUCUGAUUUGUACUCCUUUCCACAGAGAUUAGUCACAGGAUUUCUCAUUGUUGUUGUUUGGGGGGGGGGGAGGGGGGGGGAGGGGGUGGAUAGUUAAGAGUGUUUGCAGGAUAGUCGGUGUGAGUGAAGGGCAUCACUACUGCGAUCACUGAGAGGUCCUUGGGGGAAGAUGGAUGACACGGGGGAGUUGUGUGGUAGAAUAAUAUAAUAUCUUGCCCGCCAGUUCCCCAACUUAGCGACAUAGGCUGAUUGACCCAGGAACACAGGGCAAAAGUUUGGGAAAUCAAUCUGUCCGGCGUUUGUAUUUUACUACAUUAGUCCUGUUUUUCCUCGAAAAUGAAAGCUAGAGUUCUCCUUGAGGGUGGCAAGAGAAUAAAACGAGAGAAUGAAGCAUUGAUCCUCGUUACUACGUGAGUGUUUUAUCCAACGAUAGGAUAUUUGGAAACUGGGAUUCGCUCUGAACUUCGUUAUUUCCUGUCGGAGGAUACUUCUUCCUUGUUUUGAGUCAUCUUAUAAUAAAAUGUCUUUGUCUUAUUUUCUGGUCAGGGUUAGGGUGAAUGAUAUGCCGUGGCCAAACAAAAGGCUAUGCCCAUAUUAAUUGUAGGGCAUUUAUGUUCAAAUAUUUUGGGAUAUUAUUAAAAUUUACAUGUCAACAUGCCCAUUCGGAUCAUUAAUGAAAACAAGGUUUUUAACACAAUUAUUUCCAGCACGUUGCAGAGAUAAGCACAUGAUUUUACCAAUGAUGAUAUUCUCGUUGUGUAGUGGUAGAUUUUUUUCUUUCUCUGAUGAUUAUUUUCAUGGUCACACAACAAAGAAAAUUUUGCCAAAAUAUCCUAGUUAUGCCUAGGAGAACUGGGAGUGGGGGUCGAUCACAAAUUCAUCUUGACCCAUUCAGGUCAUAGAAAGAUAUCAUGGUCGCCAGUAAUUUUUCUUACCAUUUAUUUUCUCUGGAUUGUGAUGUAUAUUUCGUGUUGAAAUAUAUGCUGACACAAUCUGUAAUAACCCAGGUACUCUCCUGAGCAGCUAUUUGCUGUGGUUGAGGCAGUUGAUUUAUAUGAAGAUUUUGUCCCGUGGUGUCAGCGCUCAAAGGUUCUUCGUCGCAAUAAUGAUGGAUCCUUUGACGCUGAGCUUGAGAUUGGUUUCAAGUUUAUGGUUGAAAGCUAUAUCUCUCAUAUAGAAGUGAAAAAACCAAAGUAUUUAAAGGUAAUAUCCUUUGACGCUGAGCUUGAGAUUGGUUUCAUGUGUGCAUGGAUUGGAUUCUUUAUUGAUCACAAAUCAGGAGAGGGGAGCAUUUUUUUGAAAGUUGUUUAUUUAAUAAUAUUUUCAAAAUAUUUGUGCUUUUUAACUUAAUGGAAACUAUACAGAAUAGAGGAACUUCCUCUCGCUAUGCCAGGGGUUUUCUUGAGAAUCUCUUUCACAUGUUUUAGAAUGCCUUCAACCAUGAUUUUUGAUUCCAUCUGCAGAGGUUUCGCAUGCUGAGAUAUUUUAGAAUGUUUUUUUAAUUUACCUUCCGGUGAUAUUUCUUCCCAAGAUUUGCAAUGCCCCCUCUCAGACGCCAGUCUCAUUUAACAUAAGCAACAUAGGGUCAACUCUUGACUUCCAAAUGAUGUAUUCUUUGAUGAAAUUCCCCCGUUUUGACUUCCAAGCGCCAUGCUGCGAACUCAAUCUUGGACACCAUCGGUGGUGUCAUCUUGGGACCUCAUUGUCCAUAAGGGUCAAAGAUGAGCCAUCUGGCUUCCAUGGCGUAUUUAUUUAUUUAUAGGGGUAUGUAGAGUCCUAAAGGUGGGUAAUUAAUUACAUGGAACGGUUGGAGAGCAUAUGUGAGUAUCAUAGGAGUGAUUUUCAUUUGUUUUGAGACUUCACAUACUAAAGAGCUAUUAAAUAGGCUGCCUUUAUCUUCAUCAUUUACGGCACAGGCAUAUAGUUGUAUCCGUAAUGAGGGCCAUAUAGUCUUUUGACUUUUUCAGGGUCUUGUGUUCUUCCAUUGUCAACGAUAAUGAAGCACAUAGGACGGUAUCAUGACCGUAAUGAAGCCUCACUCUCAAAAUUCUAGUGACAGAGGAAUUGUUAGGGUUCUUCUCUAUCCUCUCUUAGAUCACAGUCGUAAGUGCCAUUCAGGAUUUUGACAGCUACUGAGCCUGCAGGAUUUCCUAGUCUAUGUUAUGAACUUUGUCCCAUUUUGAGUUAAAUUUGCGUACAACACUGCAGUUCAUCAUCCCGAUGAUCUUACUCUUUGAACUGUUUGUUUUGCCCAGACUGCAGUCUCUGAAAGCGGGCUCUUUGAGUACUUGAUUAAUGUGUGGGAAUUCAAUCCUGGCUCGGUUCCCGGAACCUGCGAUCUCUACUUCCUGGUCGAUUUCAAGUUCCAAUCGCCAUUCUAUCGACAGGUAGUGCCCGUUCACAUGUAUCAAUAAUCUUGAGCUGUUUCCAUAUUAAUUGCUAUUCCAUCAACUGGUAUUGCUCCUUCGAGUCGCGGAUUUUAAUUGUUUGCAACUGAUAUCUGUCUGAGAAGCUCACAUUUAGCUCAGCCGAUUUCUCACAACUUUCAGUUUCCUUGGGAUCCACCAUCCAUGAGUUGCGAAAUGGGAUCAUAACGAGUGGGGUUGUGCUUGCUCUCUGGUGCCAGGUGGCGUCGAUGUUCUUCAAGGAGGUGGUCUCCCGGCUUGUCGGUUCAUUCACCGACCGCUGCCGUAGGAUUUAUGGCCCUGGCGUCCCUGUCCUUGAGAACACAUAUGGGCAGGGAAUAUAG